AAAUUAUUAAAUAAAGAAUGGACUAAAUAUUUUACUCCAAAGUUCCCGAAUUCAAAGUAAUGAUCCGUUGAGACAAAGCUUCCCUCCCUUGCUCAGGUGACUUCUCUCUGUACUAAGGUUUUCAAAAACUCACCAUUAAACCCUAAACCCACCAAUUUCUCGCCCUCAACCUUCGAAAUUCCCGCAAUCAACGUUCAGUUCACGCAAGUUCGUCGAUUUUCCGACACAAUGAACCCCCAAAUUCAAAAUAAGGAAGCCAUGUUGAAAGAAUCCAUCAACCACUUUUUAACUUCAUACCAGAGCGGCAGCACUGAUUACUCCUCUUUCGAGUCGAUUUUCUUCCGUUUAAUCCAAACAAUGCUCGAUCCGCCUCUCGAAAUCACUUGGUUUUACUCUGCCGUCACUUAUCACGCAGCUAAAUUGAGCUCGCGGAACAACCCUUCAACCAGAGUGCUGAUAGCUAAAGAUUUGCUCAACUUGCUGAUUUCCUGUUCUAAUCUGAGUAGUCCAUUGAAGAAGAUCGGGAUGCUUGCUCCCGUUGUAUAUGAGCUGUACGAUAUUGUGCGUGAUAGUAGGAAUAGUGGGCUGUGUGUGGAUAUGGAGGUUGAGAAAUUGGUGGAGAAUACGGUUAGUUGUGUUAUGAUGUCUGCUAGGGUUUAUGGUUAUGCAAACGAAGAUGCUAAAUUCGAUAGUGCAUUGGUUUGUUUUGAGGAUUUGGUUCGGGUUUGGACGAUUGAUAGAGGUGGGCGGGGUUGUAAAUUUGGGGAAAAUUUGAGGGUCUUUUUUCCUCUUUUGAGUGACGGAAUUUGGAAAGGGUUGAAUGGGAAGUGUGGAAUAGGGGAAUUGGUUGGGAUCGUUCUGUGUGAAGUGUUCUUUCUGAAGCUGUAUCUCAGCUUUGGUUCGGGAAUGUCUACGGAGGACUUUCUAGAACGUACGAAAGAUCAAGCGGUUCAAACUAUCAAGGGGUUCCAAAAUAGCUAUUUUUUGGAUAUGCUCCUCAAAAUGCUGUUGGAGCCCAGCUUGCCUCUUGCAGCCUUACUGAGUUCUGAGGAAGAAAUUCUUCUGCAUAAGGUGUUGCUCGAUGCUGUUUUAUUGGUGGAAUACUCGUUUUAUCCCGGACAAUGGGUCCAAUCAUGCGACAGCCGCUCUAAAAAGCUGGCUAUGUUAUGGGUGUUAGUUUCUGAACGAGCCAUUCAAUUUGCCAGGGAUAAAGUCGAUCUUAGCAGAGCCAGUUCUUACCUGAAUGCUUUCCGCGAAUCCCAGUUUGUUGCUGAGUUAAUAAAGUGGGCCAGCAUUGAAGCCACAAGGGUAAACCAAAUGACCAUACCCGACGUGCAAACUCCUAAAGCUCUAAUCAAGUGGUUAUUGGUCCUUGAACAUCAAGGACUUCGAGUAUUUGAACACAAAGUAGUGUCACGCCAUGCAAAAGCACUAGUAGGCAUGCCUAUAGUGGAGAGUGAGCCGCCUCUAAAUCAGAAUAUCCUCGUUCGAAAUGAAAUUGAUUUAAACGUGGACCAAGAAAUGGAUGACCUGUCAAACGGUGGAUUUCCAGCUACUUUCUGCUUGAUGGGCAAGACAAUCGAAAUGGGGCGAAAACGGAAAGAGGUUGUGAGUGUUCUGCAAGAAUCGAGGAUCAAGCAGGUCAAGCUUGAACUCUUUGGAAGUUCGGACGAUGAAACAAUUUUACCUCUCUCUAUGGACAAUGGAUUGCAGAGCGGGGGUGCGGCCGAAAAUGUGGGCCCCGAUGAUGAUAUGGAACUCAACGGGUGAUGCGGGAAACGAGCUGUUCUAUUUUUAUUAUUAUUAUUAUUAUUAUUAUUAUUAUUAAUGUGUUAUUUUGUGAUUACAAUGACAAUGGAUUGCAUACAACUAUGUGUGUGAUUCGAAAAAAAGUUGCUAAAACUUAAAAAAAAUGUUGCUUUCUUCACA